AUGGCGUAUGUCAUUCGAUUUUGUGAUUACAUCCGAAGUUAUAGAACGACGUUGACCAAGGGACUGCCAACAGUAUCGGAAAUACGCAGAGCGUCAACUCUGAUUGUUCGGAUGGUGCAAAACGACGAUUUUCAUCGAGAAUUGCAGAUGUUGAAGGACGACAAGGAAGGCAAGGUAUCUUUUCAAAACCUCAACCCUUUCAUUGAUCCAAAUGAUGUGAUACUGCGAGUUGGUGGAAGACUGAAGCACGCAGUUUUACCGUACGAACACAAACACCAAGCCUUGCUUCCCGAGACUCAUCCAUUCACAGUGACGUUGAUCAGGCAUCUGCAUUGCACUAAUAUGCAUCUUGGCCAACGUAGCUUAUUAGGAGUUGUACGACAACAGUAUUGGCCGCUCAAGGCUAAAAACGUCAUUCGAAAGAUACUACAUCACUGCAUACCGUGCUUUCGAAUGAAACCCAAGAAGUCUACGCAAUUGAUGGGAGAUCUACCGGACUAUCGGGUUCAGCCUUCACCAGUGUUUUCACAUUCAGGCUUGGACUUUGCAGGACCUUUCAAGUUACGGCUGAGUGCCAACACAAGAAAUCCGACAACCACCAAGGGGUACGUUUGUCUAUUCGUCUGCAUGGCAACCCGUGCUGUGCACCUAGAAGCGGUAUCCGAUUUAUCUACUGAAACAUUCAUGGCCGCACUCCAACGAUUCGUCAGUCGCCGUGGGCUGCCGCAGAAGCUGUAUUCCGACAACGCGACUAACUUUGAAGGAGCUAACAACGAGAUGAGUCGACUAGCAGAACUAUUUCGAAACGAGCAGCAUCUGCGAACGCUGAUUGACUACUGUGCAUCGAAACAAAUUGAGUGGUCUUUCAUUCCUCCACGUAGUCCGCACUUCGGCGGCAUAUGGGAAGCAGGAGUCAAAUCAGUAAAAUCGCAUCUGAAGCUAGUUCUUGCAGAACACAAAUUAACGUACGAAGCACUCGCUACCGUUUUGGCACAAGUGGAAGCAAUUUUAAACUCCCGGCCUCUCACUCCUGCUUCUGACGACCCGAACGACAUGACAGCGAUAACACCUGCUCACUUCAUUAUAGGGAGAGAAUUUCAAGCAAUUUUGGAACCUUCGUAUGUCAACAUUCCUCAAGGCAGAUUGUCUCGUUGGCAAUUCGUCCAGGAUUUAAAACAGAAAUUCUGGAAAAUGUGGAUGAAAGACUACCUUCAGGAACUCCAGAAACGUCAACGUGAUUUGAAGGUGACCGAAUUUAAAAUUGGAGCGUUAGUAGUUAUUGUCGACGAGAACGUACCGCCACUGAAAUGGGUACUAGCCCGCAUAAUCGAACUACAUCCAGGACGUGACGGACACACACGUGUGGUAUCUUUGCAAACGGGAAGCGGUGUCACCAAGAGAGCCGUGAAGAAAAUCUGCGUAUUGCCACUCGACAACGAAGAAGGUACACCUGAUGGUUAA